AUGUUGGCCGGGUCGGUGGGUGUAGGUAAAAACCGCGUCCGUCCAAUAACAUGUAAAAUAACAAAUAAUACAAAUGGAGAAAGCAAUAAUAAUGAUUGCUUCACAUCACAAAAACCACAAACUGCGGUCGGUGUGGCACUUAAAGAAACCCAUAAAACAAAUCCUUCAUCGCCGGAUAAGAAAACAAAAGCCAAACCCAUUGCGGCACUUUUAAAUAAAAGUCAACCUCUCACGAAAACCGGUGGACAACUCCAACAGAAAAACAUUGUCAAAGAACUUAACGGUCUCUCCGCGGAAGUUGCUAAAGUUCUUAGAGAUGAGGGUUACGUCAUUGGUAAAAGCAUCGGAGAAGGUUCUUAUUGUAAGGUUCGGGUCGCAUUUAAAACGACAGAACAUGGUUUCGAUAAGAAAAUCGCUUGUAAAAUGAUUGAUAAAAAAAAAGCGUCAAACGAAUUCGUCGUUAAAUUUUUACCAAGAGAAUUAAGCAUCAUAAAGAGAAUAUCACAUCCGAACAUAGUAUCCGUUCAUAACGUAUUCGAAAUAGAAAACACGGUUUUUAUAUUUAUGGAAUUAUGCGAACAGGGUGAUCUUUUGGAUUAUAUAAGAAAUAAGGGUGCAUUAUCCGAACACAGAGCAAAACAUUUUUUUAGGCAAAUAGUUAACGCUGUCGAAUAUUUACAUUCUUUGGAUAUAGCACACAGAGAUUUAAAAUGUGAAAAUGUUUUGUUAUCGAAACGAGAUGUCGUUAAAAUAACGGAUUUUGGAUUUGCCAGAUGGUGUAAAAACGAUGCCGGACAAAGAAUAUUAAGCGAAACUUUUUGCGGGAGCGCUGCAUAUGCAGCACCAGAAAUUUUACAAGGACACGCUUAUAAUCCAAAAAUGUAUGAUAUUUGGUCCCUCGGAUGUGUUUUAUAUAUAAUGCUAACGGCAACUAUGCCCUUUGACGAUUCGAACGUUGCACAAAUGUUAGAAAUACAAUUGACAAAAUCGUUAACGUUUCCAUCUAAAAGUCAAGUUUUAGUGAGUCCUUUGGCUAAAAAAUUAGUCAUGCAUUUAUUAGCACCUGAUAUAACAAGAAGAGCCACAUUGGCACAGGUCAGUAAAAGUUUUUGGCUUCAGAGACCUGUUACACCUCCCGGUACAAAAAAUACCGUACCAACAUCGAAAAAAUAA